GCCGUGGCCAUUCUUUGCGUGCAGCCCCCUUCAGAUCUGCUUCAUUCCCACAUACGAGCGAUUUGUGAGCACGACGAGGAUACGCAGCUGGUUGAAACCGUGCUGCGCGAGCACACGACCAGCUCCAAUGUCGUCGACACGUCGCAGGAAACUUCCUUCGCGGGCUUCUUCGAGGAGUACAUGCGACGAAAAUUUCAGCUACAGUUUAACCACGACGUGCUGCUCAACUACAUCACAGAGACCAUGGACGACCAGUGGUCGGGCUAUGGCGAGAUUCCCCGGACCUUCCUCCUUGGGCCUUACGUCCAGGCUUUCCUGGUGCAAGACCGAUUCUUCGAGGGCCAGUACGACGAGAUGAUCGACGCUAUGC